CAACGUUGUUGUGUACUCUGUACAGGCGUAUCCUUCUUCCUGUGCGGAGUCCCUGGCCGCUUCUUCAUCUCCCUCUGAACCUUCACAUCCAGCAUCACUUGCGGCGCCCUUGGGUUCACCUGGACGCUUGCUUGCACGGGCCUUUCCUGCCCAGCAGCCAGGAACCUCUGCUGCUGGUCAAAUCCUCGUGGGUCGAGGCCGCUGGACCCAAACCCAAAACCAAAGUGCUUGCUGCUGCAGCUGCAUGAACACACGCUCCUGUCCAUGUCGGCCAAAGGUGCCUCCUCCAGCCCCCCAGCAGGAGCCGCAGUUACUCCUAACGGCACACGGUUCAACCAUUCCGUCUUUUAUGCUUAUCCCAUCACCUUUAUAGCCCUCGCUACCCUUCUCUUGCCCACCUAAUAAGCCCAACAGCUCUCUGUGUCCUCCUAGUGCCCAUUCAUUGUCUGGUUGGCUCCGGCCCACUGAUACUACAGCAUUAGCCAUUCAGCCGGGACUUCUCCCACCAAGUACUCCUUGGUCUGCGUGCUUUCUGGCCCUUGCCGGCGACCCUCGACCCAGCCUAGAGCAGAGUGGUCCAGGCUCAGGCUCAAGCCGUGGCGCCCUACCCCUUUCAAACGAAAAUAACACCACCACACUACUACCCGCGGGCCGUACUUGAGUCGUGGAGUUGUCGAGAAAGUAGGGCACCGGGGUCACCCAGGCAUUACCCACCGUCUUUGAUGAGGUAUCAGGUACAUGCUCCCGAUCGCACCCAUCGCCCUUGCGGCUGCCCGUGCAGGCCCUGUUCUACUUUUCGGAUUCUGCCCUGACAUUUCUCCGUCCAGCCUGGCAGCCCUGGCGGUACCUGUGAUAUUGGAUCCACCCGUGUUGUACUAAAGUACAAGGGCUCCUCUCCCCCAUAGGGGUUGACCUUGUUGCAGCCACGGCUAUUUCUAAACUCCAUGCAGACCGGGGGACCUGUCACUCCCAGCAGUACCUUGAAAAUCAGCCAACCCCGCCGGCUCCAUCAGGUUUGAGACCCUCGAAUUGUAUACAUUACAGCCCGCGGUCCAGUCCUCAGGGCUAGCUUCACAUACUCCCUGUUGGCUUCUACUUUCGUCUCUUCUUGGGAGGAUCCUAUAAACACCAGCUCGGCCGUCGUUCUCGGCAGAUACAUGUCGUUGGAUACCCACCUCGAUCUCCUUGACGACCUGAUAGUUCUCUCCAUCUCACCGCACUUGCGUGUGUCACGACUUUGUUGCUGGGCACUUCUCUCUCUUCCUGCUAGCCAUCUCUGUUGAACACAAAAAACCGGCAGGCUUGUAAUCUCGAGGACAGACUUGAGUGCCCUCAAUACACCCACCCGGCUUGCUCGACAGACUCCUACAGGACGUACUCAAUCUACGCAGUCUGCAACGUGGAGCGACCGUUGACGACCAAUCUUUUUGGAUACUUCUUGUGGAAUUCACCAUAAUCGGUCGAGCCAGUCAGAUAUACCGCCCUUGGCCGAAGUCAAACACGGUCUAUCAUCUACAGCUGGCCUUUUGUUAUUCUAUCCUUUGCUUCCACGUCGACUAGCGGACACAUUCUCUGAGCGUUGACACGCCCCUUCAGUUGACCUGACUCUCGUUUGUGGCGCAGCCUCUUCACACUCGCUUCUCUGGGACUCAGACCAGUGGUCCGGCACUGACGACACAACACUCGUCGUCCCCCACAGACAAAAGAAGGCGUUUUCCCCGGAUCACCCUCAGACGCCCUUCCAAAUGCUUGUUACCCGGCAACGCGAUUCCGAGAAAAGCCACUGGUCAACAAGCAAAUACGAGAGCUUCUACCACAGGUCCGAAGCUAGUCCACGCAUGUCGAACAAUUUUGACGCUCCUUUGUCGACACAGUCUGACUGGCAGGGACAGCAGUACUCGUAUAUCCCUCCUGGGGAGAGCUCCGUCUUUGCACAGUCCUAUGGUCAUGGAACAGCGUCCGGUGGCAACUCCGAGUCCCAGGCACACCCGCGCAGUGCCUCCGAGGCUAGCAGCUCCAUGGAUAUAGAGCCCAAGACGGAGCCGAACACGCUGAGUCCGCCUCUGAGUCUGCGACGUGGCACAGACCCCUUGGGUCUGCAUCAACAGAGACAACCAUCACCAAUCGCGGAGCAAUCAGAAACUCAGGGUGAUGUAUACGCACAGAGGGCGUCAGACUCUGUGAAAGAGGAGUCAGUGGCCUCGACAGACACUCCCGGGAUGUCGCUCUCCUCAAAUCCAGUGAGCUCGGUCUCCUCUGCUGGUCAGGGUGCGGAAAUGCCAGCCAGCCAGUCUGGUCAGGAGGAACAGGUACCCAAGCAGGAGGACGACGACGAAGUGAUUGACGAGGAUGACAUGGUCGACGGCGACACCGAAGCAGCACUGCAGCAAAUGACACCUGCCGAGAGAACCGCAGCGCGGAGAAAGAUGAAGAGAUUCAGACUCACUCACCAGCAAACACGAUUCCUGAUGAGCGAGUUCGCGAAGCAACCACACCCUGAUGCUGCGCACAGGGAACGACUAUCGAGGGAAAUCCCAGGACUGAGUCCCCGCCAGGUGCAAGUCUGGUUCCAGAACAGGCGAGCAAAGAUCAAGCGCCUCACAGCCGACGACAGAGAGCGCAUGAUCAAGAUGAGGGCUGUGCCUGACGACUUCGACAAUGUCCAAGCCCUUCAUUCGCCAUAUGGAGCCGUACAUGGGCUCGGUACCCCAAUGGCAUCUCCUGUUGGCUUUGGUCCGGGCCCCUACCCGGAUCACCUCAUGAGGGGCCCACUGGUGGUGGACGUCCGACGAGCCGAGGGUGGUGAGCACAUGUCUUCGAGCGGGCUGAGUCCAGCUUUUGGAAACAUAGGGUUCAACACCUCUGCAUCCAUGAGCAAUCCGGACUUGUUGACUCCCAUGUCUCAGGAUUCCAGCGACCGUUAUGACUACUCGAACCACUUGACGCCCCUGAGCGCCGGGCCCAGGACGUCUAACCCUUUUGCCAGACAGGGCAGCAUGGAGACGGGCUUGACCGUCCCGAACCACCACUCGAGGCAGCAAAUGAGACCUCUUCAACCACUACAGCUCCGGGAGACACUCACCCGAUCCAGGUCCGACAACCUUCAGUCACCACUCCGGUCGAGCAUGUCCUGGAAAGGCGAUUCGAUCGACUACUCGUCCUACCAUCCCGCAGCAGCAAGCCCAACACCUCUGAGUGGGCGACAGCAGUCGGUCUAUCAGCCUUCAGAGGGGCUCGGUGGCUCUCCCUCGACCACUUUGGGGGGCUACGAAUCGAGCACCUAUGCUGGUUCAUCUGUCACCUCACCAACACACAUGUCCUACCCGAACUUCCAGGCCAGCUCUUUCCAAAACUCUCAGAAUCGAUCCCGCCUGCGCGCCUCGUCUGCGACCCUCCCGCUCGGCCUCGAUCUGAGCGCCCAGCGGUCGUACUCCGCUUCCCACCAUGCCCUUCGCUCAGCAACGUCACCAACGCAUCGCCAUGCCGCGGUUACUUCUGCGCCAUACUCCACCGGUUUCCCUACCGCGCCUCUGACAGCGCCGAGCGACUUUUCUCUGCCAAGGACGCCAGGGUUCCCGACAAGAACACAUGACUAUUCGAUGCCGCAGAUGAGCGCGCCGAUCGCGCCGCCCAACGACUUCUCGCAGGCUUUCCACGCCAGCAUGGGCUCGGGCCACAGCUCGAGGACACCAAUGCGGGACCAAUUCGGAGGCGGAGGCCCCCUGGGCGACAGGAGUGGUGAUGACUACGGAGGACCCGGGGGCGAGCUGAAGAGGAAGAGGAGUUUCACGAUCCCACAAGGCAGCUCAGCGCAUUGAGGAAAUUUGCGACGGAAGGACGGAGCUGUGGUCAAACUCGACACAGACAUGGGUCUGCCAGCGCCACAAUGAAACACGGGGCUGCGAGCCAGGCUAUCAAGUGGUUCCAUGGCAUGCUCCAGGACACAAUCUACAUUUGAAGCAACACGUCCAUAUUUACCUGGUCUGAAAUUGUUUCCUUAUGACGCCGACUUUGCCAGCAAGCCUCUGGAACGGCCGGGAGUUGAGCGACCCGCGCUGCAGUGCUUUGCGAGAUGGAACAGAGGGCAACCCCAGGAGCCUGGCCGGCUAGGAUCUACGAGACACGCUUUUUUUUGUCAACAACAUGGGCCACAAGCGGACAGGUUGGAGUGGGCAGUCUACGGCUGAGGCUACGGCGCAUGGCAUCACACUUUUUUCAACCGACAUCGAAGCAAAGCAUUCGGUCAAAACAAACUGGGUACGGGGUGGUCAGGGGUUCGUGGGGCAAUGGUAACAGGCAACAGGGGGGGUGUUUCUCUCUCUCUCUCUUCGGAACUUCGG